AUCACCAAAGCGAAACAGAUACAAGAGAACGAAACUGAGACAGAGGCAAUUAAGUUUGUUUGCCGGAAGAAUAUAGCGCCUCACACGCCGGCAGUGGCUGUGACUUCAAUAAUCAAAGGCGAAUUCGAUGGAACCCCCCAAAGUGCCUUCACAUGGGCUGAUGUAGUAGAUGACCCUAAGGUGGAUCACAUGGAGAUGCAAUCUUCAUCUUGCAGUCUUGUUUGUUCUUGAACACAUGCCCCAAAUACAGCUCAUCUCCCUUAAUAUGCCAUAUCCAAUAUGACAUUCUCUGUUUGAUCCAAUCCUGAGAAAAUCCGUCCAUCAAAUACAUUAGAUGUCUUUAACUUUUUUUACUCUUCAAUGUAAUGUUCUUUUAGCAGCCAUUCAGAUAAUCGUCCAUCAUAUUUAAUA